AUGGAGGACGUUCUCAACAAUUGUAUAGAAAACAAUGCUUUGGCACAGGAACGUGAAGAAGAAGAGGCAACUAACGAAAUCGAAGCUAAAGAACAACAUAUUAUUUCUGAUUCUGAAGUAAUUGCAAUAACAAAACCGGAUCAAAAUAUUGUUGGAACACUGAUGGGAUACACUGCCGAAACAGUGGAGGAACUUCUAGGUUUCUACGAAAAACAUGCUAGUGCGGUUGGAUUUUCCAUAAGGAAAGGAAACACGAGAUUCAAAGUUGGGACAAGAAUCGUGCUUGAAAAGACAUAUCUUUGUUCAGCAGCAGGAGUAACAAACAAUGGAAAGAACAAAAAGAAAAAAGUGCAAACAGUUGUUCCUGUAGUGCCCAAAAAAGAGAGAAAACCAAGAAGUCAAUGGCACUACUUGCAUAGAUCUGAAAGGCAAAUAAUGGAAGAGAAGGGGGAGGCAAUUGAAACUAUGCAAAAAUCUGGUCUGUCAUCCACGGCUUCUUUUAACUACAUGGCAAUUGAAGCUGGAGGUGAAGAAAAUUUAGGACACUCGAAGAAAGACCAUCUAAAUUACUGCACGAGGUUAAAAAUGAAGCAAAUAGAAGGAGAUGAUGCACAAGCAGUAACUGACAUAAUGUAUUUAGAGCUUGAAGGUGACCCAAACUUGUUUUUUAGAUUUAGAUUGGAUGAAAAAGGCAAAUUGAGGAGUUUGUUUUGGAGGGACUCUAUGAUGAUGGAAGAUUAUGGAAUUUUUGGAGAUAUAGUGGUUUUUGACACAACCUAUAGAACAAACAGGUAUAACCUGAUUUGUGCUCCAAUAGUUGGAAUAAACAACCACUGGAACAAUUGCAUGUUUGGUUGUGCAUUCAUAGGAGAUGAAAAGAUUGAGUCGUUUGUGUGGCUUCUACUGUAA